UAAGCAAUCAAGCAUUUUUUUAGAAUCCGACAUGGGGUUCAUCAGCAUAUACUUCUUUGCUCUUCUGGUGUGCGCCAACACCACUACUACAGCACCCAAAAAACCAUGCCUAAUAACUGACCCCAAAUGCCGUGAAGUCUACUUUAACGAUCACUGCAAGGAGGAGUGCUUAAGCAGGGAGGAUAUAAGGGAGAGAUGCUUUGGUAAAUGCAAGGACCGAUUAAAUCAACGAUGGGACGCGUUGACACGAAGAAGACAGAUGACAAAGAAGCAAAACAAAAAGCCGAUGACAAAUAAGCAAAACAAAAAACCUCAACAUUAAACCUGUCACCGCUUGUGUUAACAUUGACGACCAUAU